AUGGAGCGGCGGCGCGCGCCCGCCGCCAACCGGCGCUACGGACAGCGCCGCUUCUGGGACGCGUUGUACCAGCAGGAGGGCGCCGAGCCCCGCGAGUGGCUGGGAGGGCUCUCGCGGUUCCUCCCGCAGCUGGAGGCCGAGCUGCGCCCCGGUGACCGUAUCCUCGUCCUCGGCUGUGGCAACAGUGCCCUAAGCCAUGACCUGCACGAGCUGGGCUACACCGACGUCACCAGCAUCGACUUCUCCCCUGCCUGCAUCGCAGCCAUGCGUGCCCGCUACGCCCACUGCUGCCCCGGCCUGCGCUGGGCUGUCAUGGACAUCCGUGCCCUCGCCUUCCCCGAUGCCACCUUCGACGUUGUGCUGGAGAAGGGCACCCUCGACGUGCUCAUGGUGGAGGAGACUGACCCUUGGAAUGUCUCACCACAGGCAGUUGCUGCGAUGCACCGGGUGCUAGCUGAGGUGAGCCGGGUGCUGCGCCCAGAGGGCCGCUUCCUCUCUAUCACCUUUGCCCAGCCCCACUUCCGCAAACCCCACUACGCCCAGGAGGCCUUCGGCUGGUCCCUGCACCACGUCACCUGUGGGGACGGGGACACCGGCACCUUCCACUACUACCUCUACAUCAUGCACAAAGGGCAGCCUCUGGACCUCUCUGAUGUGGCCCUGGGGCGCCGGCUGCACCAGCCUCCCCUCCCCGCUGCCCCGCCACCAACCCCUGCACCCCUGGACGAUGAUGAGGACUAUCUCUUUGCCAUCCAACUGUAA